GCUAUACCCGCCGGACAAUGCACCUCUCUCUUUCUCGUCCAAAGUAUGUUACGUAAAGUAUCGAGAGCCAUCAAGUGUUGGUGUGGCACAGCAUUUAACCAACACUGUUUUUAUUGACAGAGCUUUGAUAGUGGUUCCAUGUGCUGAAGGUGAGUAUGGGUAGCUGUUCACAUUUUCUUAAGUGUGACGUGACUAAUUGUAACUUUUUUGUCGAGGUACUUCUAGGGUACUACUUCUGUGAUAAUAUUAGUGCUUAAUUGCAUUACAGUUGCCUAGACGCUCACAGGCCUACACACAGCCGGUACAUGUUUAGCUGUUAGCUUAUCUGAGUCUGCCUCAGGUUUGAGGACGUACCAGGCAGAACGUUGUUUCCAUACAGUCAUCUCAUUUUGAUAUGGUCUUGUAUGUUAUUCUCUCUCUGCAAGGUAAUACCAGUGUUCGAAUUAAGGCAGAGGUGGGGGGCUUCUGGACUUACCAUAAGUCCAACAACAACAAAAAGAUCUAUAGGAUGCCGUGCCAAUCAUGUUGCCCACCACCGCCCACAAGGAAAACCCCCCUAACAGACCCCUGACAGAAUUCGAACACUGGGUAGUACCGUGAGAUCGACAUAGCCGGAAGUCACGAUGAGAUACAAGUUAGGCCUACAUAUGAACAUCAAAGGAGUGCAUUAACAUUAAAAUCAGAUGCAUAUCAUAACUGAUGUGUGGUAUAGAUUGUGUAACUUCACUAAUAAGAUUUAGAAACUAGUUUCAAGAUCAGUUCAAGGUCAUUGUAGCUAAAACCACCCAGUUUGUAAAAAUACAGCUAACUUCGUCUUGUUUCUCUCUUUUUUUUCUUUUUUUUUGUUUUCUCUCCCUCUCUCCUGGAACCACUGUUACUCUUUUAAUGUACCUGUUAGAAGUGGUUUCACCUUGAUUGACUGAUUCUCUCUCACUUGAAAUGCUUUGUCCACGUGACUUGGUGCAGGAUGGCUACUGAGUUUAUUAAUUUGGUUUUGUAUGUUUUUUCUGUGUGAUUAUGUGUGCAUAUCAGAUGACUAGACUGGCCCAGCUGUUACACUACACUAGCCUGAGUAAGGCAUUGUUUUCCAACCCACUAUCCCCGAUGGGGCCAACGCAGCCUUCAAGGGGGGAAUGUGACCAGGAGAAUAGCCCGCAGAGCCCUCCAAGAUGGACACCUUGUCUCUUUUAGUUUUAUUUUUCUUUUCUUUUGGUUUGUUUCUUUUCAUACUUUCCCAUGUUGUCCUCUGUCUUCUCUCUCUAGAAACUACAGUAUUGCAUAUUUCUAGAAUUUUUUUUUCUUAAUUGUUUUUGGUUUAUUUUGGUUUAUCCCACCUCCCCCCUUCUCCUCCACAGCAAGUUGUGUGUGAUUUGAAUUCUGUCCAGGUUGCCAUGGCACCCAGGUGGAAUGUGUGUGACACACGGGAUGCCAUGAACAUGACUAACACACCUUGAGUCUCUCUGUUCUUGUCGGUACAGUCAGGUGUUAUAGUAUGAUAGAGCUCAGACACAGCUAAUCUCUGAACUUUGGUGCAGGGCAAAUUUUAAGUAUGACUUUUUACGUGAACUUAUCUCAAAGCCGUUAGAUGACUGUCAAGUGCACAUUAAGUUUGAAGCUAAUGGUUUGCUUGCUAACUGUUUUAAAGAUCACGAUUUGCCCUUUGGAAAUGCAAGAUCUUCACUAAAAUCCCUUUUUUAGAUGUAUUUCUUAUGUUUUUAAGACUAAAGUCGUGCCCCUGUUUCAUUCGUCCUUUUUUCUAAUGGGGGAAAAUGACAAAACUGAACCACGAUCAAGGUUUCUAAUCCGAUUGUUUUUUUGGCUAGCAAAGUUUUGGGAGAUUUUCUAAGAUACUUAAAAAAUGUUCUUCUUUUCUGUAUCUGAUGUUCUGUGUGCUAUUAGUGAUGCAGCCAUCAUGAACCGUUGUCUUGUGUUGCGCACCUUUCCAACACUGCGAAACGAUCGCCCCCUGGGGAAAGCGCCCAUGCUUGAUAUCGUAUGGUUCAUGACCAAUAUGUUUCCAGUACAGGCAAGAUACCCGAGGAGGCCAAAGCCUUGUCUAUGCUGGCGCCUGCCGUCCCGUCCCCCAGUCUGGUCCCAGGUGGAGGGCUCCUGCCCAUACCCACCCCCGCCCCUCCCAUCCACAACGUGAGGACAAGCUCCCCUCCGCAGUUGAGCCUACCUGUGGGGAACCUGGUGGCCCUGCCGACUGUCCUGGACCACUCGCUGACAGCCCUGGCUGGGGGCAGCUCCUCCCAGCCCCCCCUCAUGGGCAACGUGGACCCUUCCAAGGUCGAUGAGAUCCGGAGGACCGUUUAUGUCGGCAACUUGAAUUCCCAGACCACCACUGCAGAGCAGCUACUGGAGUUCUUCAAGCAGGUGGGGGACGUGAAGUUUGUGCGGAUGGCCGGCGAUGAGACCCAGCCCACGCGCUUCGCCUUCGUGGAGUUCGCCGAUCAGGAUUCCGUAUCCAGAGCCCUCAAUUUCAACGGAGUCAUGUUCGGAGACAGACCCCUGAAGAUUAACCAUUCCAACAACGCCAUCGUGAAGCCCCCAGAGCUGACGCCCCAGGCCGCAGCCAAGGAGCUGGAGGACGUGAUGAAGAGGGUGAGGGAAGCCCAGUCCACCAUCGCCGCCGCCAUCGAACCAGAGGAUGAGAAGAAGCCUUCCCCCAGUCACUCCAAGCGGUCGAGGCAUUCCCACUCCAGCUCGCGGUCCCGGUCACGAACAGGCAGGAAGAGGUCUCGCUCCCGCCACAGGAGCAAGCCCAUCCAGAGGUCACGACCCCGGCUGACCGACCGCCACAGUUCCAGGAGUUCUGGCAGGAGGCCGUCUCUCUCCAGGGACCGGAGGCCGAGCCGCUCCAGGUCCAGGGACAGACGGAAAGGCAAGGAUGUGAAAAUGAGAGGCAAGGUGGAUGGCCCUCAAGAGAAGGGUGAUAGGAGACAGGAGGAGACAAAGGGCAAAGCUCCUGCAGACAGCUUCCUGGGGUCAGGAAGUGCCAUCAGGGGCCACCGGAGACGAAGUCGGGACCGAUCCAGAAGCCCUCGCAGGAAAGCCCGCUCGCCCACACCUAAGAGGGGGAAGAAGGAGAAGAGGAGGGAGAGAGCGAGGGAGAACAGCAGGGGGCGAAGGGAGAGAUCCACCUCCAGGAAGAGGAGCGGCCGAGACCAGGAGCGGACCCACCGGAGGGCUAACCCUGCCAAGGUCAAGGUGGAAAGGGACAGAGCGGAGAGAGACAACAGGGAAGAAUCCGCCACACCCAGCGAAGAGGUGAUGUCAUCACCCUGCGCCCGGCACAACGGCAGUCACAGCACAUACCCAGACGAUGACAUCACAGCAUGAACUGACUGUGCAGGCACCCGGCUUGCUACUUUAUGAUCUCGGAUGGACUUGCAACCGCACACACACACACACAUGCAUACACACACACACAUGCAUACACACACACACACAACAGUUCCCUGAAAUGGCACAACAACUUGCCAAAACCUCAAUCAUCAACAAUCAUCUGCCAUGGCCAUUUACAGUUGAUUGACUAGCUUUGAGUUGUGUGUUCAGCUAAUUUUAAGUGUGUAGCUGUAAGAGAAGGCAGAGUCCAUAACCAUGUUGCUGUGAUCCUGCCGUCAUAUGAUAUUCAUAUGGAAAAAGGAACCUGGAAUCUUUCUUUAUUAGUGAAUACCGUUUUAAAUGAAUAGUUGUAUUCCUUUUGUUUCUGCUGCAUACAUUUUCAGUUUAUUUUAUAUAUUAAAAAAAUAUUCAUAAUUCUGAGAUCAGUGUAUGCACUACCCAUCACUCAACAUUUUUGUAGCCAUUGUCUAAAAACGGAUUUCAACAUUCAUAUAGUGAUGAAAUUGAAUAUUCAUAUGAAGUAUAAGUAGUCAGAGAUGUUGCAGUACAGUGUCGGUACCCAAGUCCUGAGGCUCCAAACAAACCAUCCAUGUGGCACACUGAAAUUCAGCUUUACACACAAGUCAAUGCAUCGCUUGUGAGCACAGGCAAGUCAAAGUGCCUAGACUGAGAUUGUACAAAAGUCACUGUAUUAGUAUACUGUAUAAAGAGCUGUUAAGAUUCAAAAGAAAUGUAUUGUCCAGAUGAGAUAUCAUUACGUGAGCGGGCAGUUUGGGACAUCAUUUGAAGUCGUGUUGUCUUGAUAUUCAUAAAGUGAUUGGUUUUUAAAACUUUUGUGUGUUUACUGAAUUCUAAGUCUUUUUUGUCCCUUUUAAAUCGUAUUUUGAUGAUCAGAAUUCUGUAUUUUGUACCCUAUGGCUGUUGAAACACCAUCCUUUGGUAUGUGCCCCAUUACUUUAGCUAUUGAGCUUUUAUUUCAAUUUUGUAUUUGUUGCUGGUAGUUACUGUAACUUUAGAUGAAGAGUUGAACCAUGCAUCCUACUUUGCCAUAUUCCACUGAAUUUACUGUCUAUGUCUAGGAGAAGGAUCAGACCUGUACAUUGUUAUCAUACACAAGCCUUUGGACUGAGGUGAGGCCAUUGGACAUAGUUUUUAUGUUGAGUAAAUGUCACACAGACUAAUAUCUUGCGAAUGACGUAAAUAAUUUAUUUUUUAUAUACUUGUAUCCAACAGUAGAAACUAUAUGUCCAGUUUGUUGUUGGGUUAUUCUUUGUGUACAUGCUGGCUGUGGAUGGUGAAACUGGCAAAAA